UGUGUGUGUGUGUGGUUAUGUGUGUCAGCUGGCCAGACGGGAAAUGUGCCUGCCUCGGCUGCUGCUGCUACUCAACACUGUAAGAGGAGAGAGGAGUGAGCAGGGACGAAGCAGGGAGCGAGGAAGCGAGAAGUAGAGUAUGGCUCUUGCCAAAUAAAGCCAUGUGGCCCUGGGGUGGGAUGGCUCUGAUCACACUAUAAAUACGCUGGGCUUCUGCCGAUUCGGGUUUGGUGCCUGGAGCUGUGUAGCAGCAAGUGCACCAGCCCAGCUCAGGAGAAUCUCAUCCACACUCAGGCCUUCAGCCAUGCCACGAGUGGACUCUGACAUCAAACUGGACUUUAAAGAUGUCCUGUUGAGACCAAAGAGGAGCAGCCUAAAGAGCAGGUCUGAGGUGGACCUGCAGAGGACUUUCACAUUCCGCAACUCAAAGCAUACAUACAAUGGCAUCCCAAUCAUUGCUGCUAACAUGGACACUACAGGUACUUUUGAGGUGGCCCAGGUAAUGAGCAAGCAUACUCUCUUCACCGCCAUCCACAAACAUUACUCUGUGGAAGAAUGGAAGUCAUUUGCAUCCAAUCAUCCAGAGUGCCUGGAGCAUGUGGCUGCAAGCUCAGGCAGUGGGCAAUCAGAUCUGGAGAAACUAUGCAGCAUUCUGGAAGCCGUUCCACUCAUUAAGUACAUCUGCCUGGAUGUGGCCAAUGGAUAUUCCGAGCAUUUUGUGGAGUUUGUCAAAACAGUCCGGGGGAAGUUCCCUAACCACACCAUUAUGGCUGGGAAUGUAGUGACUGGAGAAAUGGUGGAAGAGCUCAUUCUUUCUGGAGCCGACAUCAUCAAAGUGGGCAUCGGUCCAGGUUCUGUAUGUACCACCCGCAUCAAGACCGGCGUGGGCUACCCUCAGUUAAGUGCUGUUAUUGAGUGUGCGGAUUCUGCUCAUGGACUCAAAGGACACAUCAUCUCUGAUGGAGGCUGCAGUUGUCCAGGAGAUGUUGCAAAAGCCUUUGGCGCAGGGGCAGAUUUCGUCAUGCUAGGAGGAAUGCUAGCAGGGCAUGACCAAUGUGCCGGUGAAGUCAUCGAAAAGGAUGGAAAGAAGUUUAAGCUGUUUUAUGGCAUGAGCUCAGACACAGCCAUGAAAAAAUAUGUUGGUGGUGUGGCAGAAUACAGGGCGUCCGAGGGCCGGACCGUUCAGGUCCCCUAUAAAGGUGAUGUGGAGGACACCAUCAGAGACAUCAUGGGUGGUCUGCGCUCCACUUGCACAUAUGUAGGAGCUGCCAAACUCAAAGAGCUCAGCCGCAGGACCACAUUCAUCAGAGUUACACAGCAAUCGAGCCAAAUGUUCACCUAAAGCCAUAAAGUACAUUGAGACACUCACAAACUAAACAAACCUUUAGCACUCAGAGCUAAAGCUACAUGUAACUGUACCUCAGUGGGUCAGAUCCAUACAUGUACCUUGGGUACAAAUGAUUUCUGACUUUACACAUGUGUAUUUCAUACAGUCACACGGACUCAAAAUAGUUGCAGAGGAUUUUUUUUAUUUCACUCAGGACUCAUGUUGUAGUGCUUGAUAAAACAACUCAUCUACAGCACUAGCAUGAUUCAGCUUGUUUUUAAUUUAAGACUUUACGCUCUGUAAGUUGCAAUGUUAAGGUUCCCUGCCAAAGCAGGUUGAAUAGGGCUUCAACAAAUAGGCCUAUUCUUUGGGUAAAGAGAUUUGUGAAUUUAUUCAUUACAACUAUGCAACUAUUUUAAUGCUGAAAGGAUAUGAGCCAGCAUGAGGCGCAAGUUAGAAGAAUAAAUAAAAGGACAAGUUCUCCUUAUACAGUAAGAAUACUAUGUUGCCUAUAAAUAUUUAAAUAUUUUAGGGAAUGUGCUAAUAUUGGUGUACGAUGUAACGCUGACUUCAUUGGAACAGAGACUUGUGCAAAGCAUACUGUACUAUUUCUGUUGGCCUGCCUGCUUCUUGUAUACUGUACACUGUUUUUUUGGCAGGAUGUAGCUUCAAGACCAGAGGAAUGUGAAAGGCUGCAGUGCCUAAAGUCCUGUUCGUUUAAGUGUCACACUGUAACUCAUAGAGUAAUAAAGAGAUCUAAAUGAA